AUGGCGGCUCCAAAACUUUCACCAACGGCUAAUCUGUUGAGAAAUUCUCGUCUUUUUGCAUUACCGACACCAUUGACUACCGCGCCGCGACCGGUUACAUCCAAAUUCGUCAACGAGUCGAGUUCAGCAMCCCUUCCACACCCGACCAGAGCCGCCAUUGAAACACCGCCAUCGGCCCUCCAUCAAGGAGACUGGGGCUUGAAAAGAGCACUACCAGCAAAAUCUACGAUCGAAAGGUCCAGCAAGCCUGUCAUUCGUAUCAAUGCGCUCGACACCUUCGAACAUGUCACCGACUUCGAUUCCGCUGGUGACCACACCAUGACCCUGACGAAGUUCCAGGAACUCCAUAUCCCCGUUUCUCUACCACAGACUGCCCGGAAGAACCAAACAAGCUAUGGCAAGGGCCAUGAAAGCCCAUUCGAACUCCGAUACGAUAAUGUCUCCACUAGCGAGGGCGCAAAAGAGCUUGAUGCUAAGUUAUAUCGGCAAUCCGGGCCGUGGCUGGGCGGUCAAUCCGAGGUCCAAUUUCAAGCCUAUCUACAGUCACUACGUCGUCGAAGACCGGAGUUGUUGGAAAAAUUGCGAGAGCAAUACGAAAACAAAUUGACUGUUGAGCGUCGAUCGAAAGCGCAGGAUGAGGGUGGGUUGGACGCUGACCAGACCAUUGAGCCGGUCAAAGUCACCGAUGAAGAGUUCCAGGCUCAUUUGAAGAGACUGCGGACGAACAAGAGGCUGGCUGGGCCCGAACUUAGUCGUCUUCUGGAUCUUCACACCUUGUCAUCCGAUCUCCCGCAAUGGGCUGUAGGCACCAGUUACUACGAGGCGACUGCGUCAAACUUGGCUUCCGUUGCCUAUGCAAACCAAGGACCACCACGAACCCACCCCUCGGCUGGUCUUGCCUACACUCGAUCAGGCGCAAUGAUCUACAACCACCCCUCAUACGGACCUCAGCAAGCCAUGCGCCCUGUCCAAGCUCGUGUCUUGACUGCCAAGACAAGGAAACGACGAUACAAGCGCCGUCCUGUUCUCGGUGUUGCCGGUAUUGCAUAUGAGGAUGAGGCCGAGAGCAUGGAAGACAACACUAGGGGUGUCGAGUACCUCGACCCAUCGAUUCCUGGUGGUGGUAAAGUCCUGGUGGUCCCUAAGCGAGUCUCGAUAUCUUCCCAGGGAACAAUCAGCCUGGAAGCCAACAGGGCUGAAAAGGAUGUCAUGGCGCCCUAUGGUCUAUCCAACUAUGAUUCCAGUGACCCGACCAAUAUAUCUCCGGCAGCACAGUCGACGAAACGGGAUGUUCCUCGACUGGUUUGA